GCUCUUGUACUCGCAUGAGCACGACAGUAAAAACCACAUGUUCAAGAUUGUUAUUUAAGGUUAUGUGUAAUUGUUCUAAAAGAUUUAUCAACACUUGGGUUAUUUUAUUCAAAUUAUAAAAUACUUUCACUAUCAAAUUUUAAUAAUUUAAAAAAUGGGUGAACAAUCAGAAGAAGAAUCAACUGAAAUUACUGGAACUACUGAAAUUGAAAAAGAUGAAAUUACUACUGAUGAAAUUGUAACGUGGAAAGAUUUGGGAAUUGUUGACUCAUUAUGCAAAGCUUGUGAAGAAUUAAAAUGGCCUGCUCCAACAAAAAUUCAACGGGAAGCUAUUCCACUGACACUUCAAGGAAAAGAUGUAAUUGGUUUGGCGGAAACAGGAUCAGGAAAAACGGCAGCGUUUGCACUUCCAAUUCUCCAAGGACUAUUAGAAAAUCCCCAAAGAUUUUUCGCCCUAGUUCUCACUCCAACUAGAGAACUGGCUUAUCAAAUAUCAGAGCAAUUCCAAGCUUUAGGUUCAGGGAUCGGUGUAAAAAGUGUUGUGAUAGUCGGUGGUAUGGAAAUGGUUUCGCAGGCUCUGAUGUUGAUGAAAAAGCCGCACAUUAUUAUCGCCACACCUGGUCGGUUACUCGAUCAUCUAAAGAACACCAAAGGUUUUAAUUUACGCUCGCUAAAGUACUUGGUAAUGGACGAGGCAGACCGAAUAUUAAAUCAAGAUUUUGAAAAAGAAUUGGAUGAAAUUCUUCGCGCCAUUCCUCGUGAAAGACGUACGCUUUUAUUUUCAGCGACGAUGACUAAAAAAGUAAAAAAACUUCAGCGUGCGUCACUUAAUAAUCCAGUUAAAGUUGAAGUAUCGACAAAGUAUCAAACUGUUGAAAAACUCGAUCAAUAUUAUUUGUUUGUUCCCGCGAAAUUCAAAGACGUUUAUCUUGUUCAUAUUUUAAAUGAACUAGCAGGCAAUAGUUUCAUGAUUUUCUGCGCGACAUGUAACAAUACUGUACGUACUGCGUUAUUACUCCGCAAUUUAGGAUUAAUGGCAGUCCCACUUCAUGGUCAGAUGUCACAAAAUAAACGAUUAGCAGCAUUGACUAAAUUCCAAUCUAAAAGCCGAUCGAUCCUCAUAUCAACAGACGUCGCUAGCAGAGGUCUGGAUAUUCCUCAUGUUGAUGUUGUGAUUAACUUCGACAUACCGACUCACAGUAAAGAUUACAUUCAUCGUGUGGGUAGAACAGCUCGUGCUGGACGUUCUGGACGAUCGAUUACUUUUGUAACUCAAUAUGAUGUCGAAUUGUAUCAGAGAAUAGAAGAGCUUAUAGAAAAAAAACUUCCGGAAUAUAAAACAGAACAAAAUGAAGUCAUGGUUCUUCAAGAACGUGUUGCUGAAGCUGAAAGACAAGUCAAGAAGUCGUUGAGAGAAAUGGAUAACAAUAAAUCUGGGAAACGUAAAAAACGUUCAAAUGAUGAAAACGACGACGAUGACGACACCGAGCAAGCCUCUGGUGUUCGUAAUCGAUUUAAAGGAAAAAAGUUCAAUGGCAAACGUAAAAAAAAUUAAAUCAUCACAAAUAAUAUUUAAAUAAUAAUGUAAAAAUUGUCGUGUAUUAUCAAUAUAUGUUACUUUUAUAUUUUUUAAUAGCUAAAGAUUUUUUUAGCUAAUAGAUUAAUUUUUAUUGAUAUAAAUAAAUAAUUUAAAUAUUUGAAAAAUUUUUUUUAUCAAAUAUGAUUUAUUUUGUCGGGAAAUGCCGAAAAAUACAUUCGGUUCAAAAAUUUGUAUAUAUACAUAUGUAACGGGGAUAUAAUUUUCUCAGUUGACGUAGUGGUUUCGAUGAAAUGAAAAUAUUAGAAAAAAAUUAACACAUUAAUUAUUAUUUUUAAAAAAUUGUAAAAUUAAUUUGAAAUUUAAUUACUGUAUUAGUGUAAAAAAUACAGUAUAAAAAUUCCUGUCUGAUUAAGAAGAGUGAUUUGGAAAGAUUAUAAAAAAUUUUUUUCAAUACUUAAAAAUUUUUCCAUCAACUUUAGAUCCUCAUUAUUUUUAAGCAUUAAGUCGACUCGAGAAGUUCUUAAUCACCCGUUAUUAAAUAGUUUGGGGAAAUUUUAUGUUAUUCAAUUUUUUAAAUACUCCACAACAAUUUUUAAUCACUAAAUAAUAUGACAGUAAAGUUGGUGGGCAUCUGAAAAUUUAUAAAAUUU